UCUGUAGAAGUGCAGUUGAUGGUCCUCAAGUAGACAAUGGCUGGACUACGACUUCGUCAAUUAGAGGAAUAUCUGCAGCAAUUGGAUGUGUUUGAAAAUCCAAAGGUUUCACUCGAACAGUAUGCUACGAGUGCGCAUAUUGCCUCGCAUUUGCUGUAUACAGCACAGGUGCAGUUUGACGAUAUAAAAGAUAAAGGCGUGGCGGAUCUAGGCUCUGGAUGUGGUAUGUUGUCAUUGGGUGCCAAAAUGCUUGGCGCUGAAUAUGUAGUUGGAUUUGAGAUAGAUUCCGACGCAAUUGACAUACAGUACAGAAAUUGCAGUGACAUAGAACUCUUUGUUGAGGUCGUGCAGUGUGACGUGUUACAAUAUCUACCAGGAAAAUUCGAAAAAUACUUUGAUACUGUUAUAAUGAAUCCACCUUUUGGCACUAAGAACAAUGCUGGCAUAGACAUGAAGUUUUUGGAAAAGGCAAUCGGGCUUUCAUCGAAUGUGGUUUAUUCUCUUCACAAGAGUAGCACACGGGAUUACGUUCUGUCGAAGGCGGCGCAGCUCGGUGCGAGAGGCAUGGUGAUAGCUGAGCUCAGAUACGACCUGCCAAAGGCUUACAAAUUCCACAGAAAAGCAUCCGUCGACAUUCAAGUGGAUUUUAUACGGUUUGAAUUAAAGCGCUGAUUCCUCUUCGGAACAAAAU